AUGGAUAUCCCAGCUGAAUGCACUGUUCUCAUCGUCGGCGGCGGCCCCGGGGGCUCUUAUGCUGCCUCUGUGCUGGCUAGGGAGGGGAUUGAGACCGUCUUGCUGGAGGCCAAUUCAUUUCCCAGGUAUCACAUCGGCGAGAGCUUGCUCGCUUCCACGCGGGGGUUCCUUUCGUUCAUCGAUGCGCUCGAUAAGUUCGAGUCUCACGGAUUUAGGCACAAGACACCCUGGCUACUACCUAGAACGGAGCUUCGUUCACCUUCAACAGCAAGCCCGCAGCGUUGCCCACAAAACACCGUAUUAACUCAAUUCCAGACACCGACUUCCUUCCCUACGGCGGACACGCCUGGAACGCGAUUCGCUCCGAAGCAGACGAGCUUCUCUUCAAGCACGCCAAAGCAUGCGGCGCGAGUCUUCGACGAGACAAAAGUAACGGACAUAAAAUUCGUGCAUUCAGCCUCCAGGAACGGAGACGUACCGGCGACAAUGUCCAAUGGUCCCUCGGCAGCCUUGAGCGGCAGUAUCGAAACAGCCCUGGGCCGUCCGGUCUCUGCGUCCUGGACCCGCAAGGACAAGACCACCGGCACGAUCAAGUUCAAGUACCUAAUUGACGCCAGCGGACGGGCCGGACUCGUCAGCACGAAGUACAUGAAGAACCGCAGGUUCAACGCCGGGCUAAAGAACGUGGCUAUGUGGGGGUACUUUGAGAAUGCGACGGACUAUGGGGUUGGGACGCCGGGCUAUAAGGGGCCGUUCUUCCAUAGCCUGAAAGACGGCAGCGGCUGGGUGUGGUUCAUCCCGCUACACAACGGCACCACGUCUGUGGGCGUCGUGAUGUCGCAGUGCAGCCUCGCGGCGAGGAAAAAAGCCAUGGCAACCCCAAGUACUCGCGAAUUCCUCAUAGAAUCCCUCCAGCACGCACCAGAGCUCUUUGCCCUUCUAGAAUACGCAACGCUCGUCUCGGAGGUGCGAUCCGCAACGGACUGGUCCUAUACCGCCUCGUCCUAUGCGUCGCCGUACAUCCGUAUCGUCGGCGACGCAGGCUGUUUCAUCGACCCGCUCUUCUCGUCCGGUGUGCAUCUCGCACUCACAGGUGCGUUGUCUGCGGCGGCGAGCAUCUGUGCCGUCCUGCGAGGCGACUGCGCUGAGGAGAGCAGUGGGAGCUGGUACACCGCGAAGAUCCGCGAGGCGUAUACGCGCUUCCUGCUUGUUGUGACGGGGGCGUAUGCGCAGAUUCAGCGAGGGGACCAGGACGUGCUGAGUGAGGAACACGAGAAGGAUUUCGGGCGCGCGUUUGGGUUCUUCCGUCCGAUUAUUCAAGGAGCCGUCGAAGUCACCAGUGGCGCAGAACUGACAAGUAGUGAGGUCUCGCAGUCUAUGGACUUCUGUAUCAAGGUCAUCCGCAAGGCCCAGACGACCGCGGGCUUUUUAGCUGGGCCUCUCCCCGGGCUCGAUACGAAAGAUGAGCUGGAGGAGCAGACGUGCGCUGCGCUCGUGAAUGUUGAGAUCAGGGGCGGGUUGGAACACUUUCACGUUGAUGUUGUGGAGGGCAUGGCUGUCCACCUAAACAUCAUCGCCGUCUCCAACGCCUUCGUCGACAACGCAGCCCAGUUCAACAAGGACCAGCGCAACAGCCUCCAGGACGCAUUCACAAAGGUCAACGAUGAGACCGGCCGCUUUGUUAUUAAUGUCGCGAGCAAGGCGCUUGUUGCGGCUGUUUAUGCGCUGGAUCCGUCGGAGGCUUCGGCGUGA